UGUAUCUUCUUCGUCUCGCGGUUCCUGCAUCAAAUCAGUGAACAGGUUGCCAACUUCUACCCCUUCGUCAGCACUCAGCUGUCUUGUGUUCCAGUUCGGGUUGUUCCUGCGUUGCUGCGCUGUGACCAUCUACCGUCAGCCUUAAUGCUCCACUGCUGAAGUCCUGAGCUCCCGAUGUCCCUCGUUGCAGGGCCAGGUCGAGGGGGCGCCACCCAAGCCACAGAAUCGGUGCCCCUUGUCAUGGACAAGCACAUCAAAUAUAUCCAAGACUUGAACGAGAGGAAAGACGAGUAUGAGUACUGGCUCACGGAGCACCUGCGUCUCAAUGGCAUCUACUGGGGUUUGACGGCCCUUCAUCUCCUUCGACAUCCGGACGCUCUUCCAAGAGCUGAGGUCCUGGACUUCGUGAUUGAUUGUAUGCAUGAGAAUGGCGGUUUCGGCGCCGCCAAAGGGCAUGAUCCGCACAUGCUAUACACAGUCAGUGCCGUUCAGGUCCUAGCGACGCUGGAUGCUUUCGAUGAGUUCAAUCAACAAGUGGGGGAUGGGACCAAUAAAGUAGGGCACUUCAUUUCCAACCUGCAGGUCCGCGAAGGCGUCGAUGCGGGGACAUUCGCCGGCGAUGAAUUCGGCGAGACGGACACCCGAUUCCUUUACGGUGCGCUGAAUGCUCUGUCAUUGCUUGGCAUGCUUCCCCUGGUCGAUGUCCCUCUCGCGGUCGAGCAUAUCCAGAAGUGCCAGAAUUCUGACGGCGCCUAUGGACUGCGGCCGGGAGGGGAGUCGCAUGCCGGCCAAGUGUUCACUUGCGUUGGAGCGUUGGCGAUCGCCGGUCGGCUGGACUUGGUCGAUCGUGAUCGGUUGGGUGAAUGGCUCAGUGAGCGCCAAUUGCCCAACGGAGGACUGAAUGGGAGGCCCGAAAAACGUGAGGACGUCUGUUAUAGUUGGUGGGUGCUCACCAGUCUCGCCAUGAUCGAGCGGUUGCACUGGAUUGACGGGCAGAAACUGAUCGAUUUCAUCUUGGGAUGUCAGGACCCUGAUAUAGGAGGAAUAUCUGAUCGGCCAGGCAAUAUGGUCGAUGUGUUCCAUACGCUCUUUGGUAUAGCGGGAUUAAGCCUCCUCAAGCAUCCGGGCCUUGAGGAGGUUGAUCCGGUCUACUGUAUGCCUAAAUUAGUGACGAGCAAGUUCCUCACCGGUACUACAACUAAAUCAUGAAGUAUCUGGUACCUUCAGUUCGGCGGUUCUGCUCACGUAACAGAAUGCCAAAGCAAGAGCCCAGACCCGUUUGAUUGGAUCAACUGAAUAGUCCAGUCUGGUUGAGGACAAGAUGAUGGUGGAGCCUCCUGCAGCAAACUGAAGGAGCAGGUUUGCUGAUU